UAUUCAUAUCUUUACCAUUUACUAAAGAUGCGUCAUAAGCCUGUAAAACGUUUGGGUUUAAGACAAAUUACUUUGAACUAAUAACAAGGGUCAAAUAUGUCUCACUUUCUAAUAAGUCUUAAAAUGACUUUGCUUGUUAUUAAAAUGUCAUUGUGAAUUUAAAAAACAAUCCAUCAAAAGUUAUCAAUAGCAUGCUUUUGCUCCAUAUGCUCUGCAGUAUUUUUCUACAAGGCCAGAGGUCAAUGAGAAUUUUAACUUGGCAAACAAAAGAUCUGGAAGAAGAUAAUUACCCACCCCAAAUGCGCGUAUAUUAAUAGCUAAUUUGUGAACUAAACAUGAAUCAAUUAUUGGCUAAUAUCACUUAACAUGUUCUAUGUCUGAUGCCAACGUAAUAAAUGUUGAAAAGUUUCACUUCUUUGUUGUAGGUAAGACAGACAAACUUAUCCAAAACAUGUCAGGGGUGAGAUGUCAUAUGUCGCUGCCGGUGUCGGUGGGGGUCUUGUUGGUGGGCCUCCCUUACUCCAUCUCUCUAGCUGCCCAGUGGCUUUAUGGCUGGCCCAACAAGCCGGGAUACAAGAAGUACAUAGAAGCUCUGAAACCAAGACGAAUAUACUGUUUGACCAGAGCUGUCCUGGAGACUCUCAAAUAUCUGCAAUAUGGGAGACUUUACUUUCAGUGGAAGUCAUGGUACAAGAAUGAGGAAAACCGCAAGCAUUAUGAGAAGGGCAUCACAUUUGGCCGCAGAAGCAACAAGCUGGACUUGUACCACCCUCCAAACGUGGACAGGUGCGAAGGUGUGCCGGCGCCGCCGGUGGUGUUCAUCUACGGGGGAGCGUGGGGCUCCGGAGAUCGAUCCAUCUACUGUCUGCUGGCGAGGCAGAUGGCGAAAGAACUGAAUGCAACCGUCAUUUGUCCCGAUUACUUUGUCUAUCCAAAGGCCAACGUUUUAGGCAUGAUCCAAGAUAUUGUGGACUGCCUCAUUUGGGCCCAAGAGAGUGGACAGAAGUUCAACUUUGAUAAAGACAACAUAGUAUUAAUUGGCCAUUCGGCAGGUGCUCAUUUGUGCACACUGGCCGCGCUGUUUCUCAUUGACGGAAGAGAGGAGCUUUUCAUAGAGCCAAGCAAGCAGGCGGCCAUCACACUGGCAAUAAGAGGAGUUAUUGGUCUGAGUGGCGUGUACAACAUCGUGGACCAUUACGAGCACGAGCAGAAGCGGGGAGUGGAAUACGUCUCCACCAUGCACAAAGCCAUGAAUGGAGUGGAGAACUUCCCGUACUACUCACCGACACACUUACUGAAGAAGCUGAGCCAGGACAAGCUCGACAGAAUCCCUCCGUUCGCUCUGCUCCACGGGACCGAUGACAUCAUCGUCCCCUUCGAUUCCUCCGCAAAGUUCUGCGACCUCCUCACCUCGCUGUCCGUGAAAGUGUCGCUCUACCUGCUCCCCAGGGUCGACCACACCGAGAUCGUCACCGACCUCAUGGUGCCCGACCGCCGCUUCUACCACCCCAUCUACAGCUGCAUCAAGCAGGAGUACAGGAAGCUGCUGGGGGCCUGGUGACGACCCGUCAGGAAAACACCCGUCCAUCCAUCACUCCUAUUUACUGAUUGUGCCAUUCGCUUGCUUUGUUUACGUCACAUGCUUUAAUACCUCAACGUGAAUCAUGUUGCAUUUUUGUUGAAUUUUUACUCGAUUGUGAUUUAUUGAUCGUGAUGUUUUUCAACAGAUUUUAAUUUAGUAAAUCCAAGGGUUACAUGUCAUUGAUUUUUCAUCUACAUUCUUUAAAAAGAGCACUCCUUGUGGAAUGCCGUCUAGAUAACGUCAUUCUAAUAUUGUGUUGGAGAGAUGUUAGCUAGUUCACAGUAAAGGGAAAUCAAUCCAUAACAGUGUUUUAAACAGGACGGUGAAGCGCACUAAUAUAUACGCUGCUACUGAGUUAUGACAGUAAUGACUGCAACAUUUUGACUAAUUGACUUCAGUGUUUUUAAUAAAUUAAAUUGUAAUAUAUUUUCCUGAAUAACUAUUUAUUCAUCGUAGACACAUUAACAUGAAUAUGUUUUUCUUUAUAAAUUCACUAUAGAUCCCUUCGCACAUUGGAAUGUUGUACUUAUAUUUUUUGCCCAGCAGCAGCACUUACAGCCCACAAUUACAAAUUAGUAGAUAUUUUUGGUUGA